CAUCUGCGGGCAUCCGGAUCGUGCACGUCCUCACAGAUGCUCUCUCGGGUCCCCCAGUCACAGCUUAUCGCUCUCACUCUCCAGCCCUAAAACCCUUAUCAGGACUGUGGCCGUGAGGACAGUGAACGCAGUGACUCCAAUUUUGAGGAGAGAGUUGUUGGUAUUGCGGAGGGACUGCCAAACUUCCUCGCAGCCCCUUCUGAGGAAGCCCAAAGGGGCCCGGGUAAAGAGGAAGUGGCCACGCCAGUGCCCGCCUGUCACUGUUUUUGCCAGUUCAGGCUCGCCUGGCUUUCCUGUCCCAACUUGCCUUUCCCUUCCCAGCUCGCCCCGCCUACCCCCAGCCCAGUCCAAACUCUGGACCUGGUCGAGACACUCCCUGAACUGCCGCUGGAUGAGCCCCUGGGAAGUCUUUGAAAAAUAGCAGUGUGCUGCGAAUAGACCAUGCUGCUGGACCGACUUCGCCGGUGGCUGAACGCCGUGGUCUGUGGGCUCCUACCUUUCCUCGUCCUGGGCCUGGGCCAGGAAUCUGCCAGCCCCAUCCGGACCACACACACGGGGCAAGUGCGGGGGAGCCUCAUCCAUGUGAAAGACACUGAUGUGGGAGUCCACACCUUCCUGGGAAUUCCCUUUGCCAAGCCGCCUCUAGGGCCCCUGCGAUUUGCACCCCCUGAGCCUCCUGAACCUUGGAGUGGUGUAAAGGAUGGGACCUCCCACCCAGCCAUCUGUCUGCAGGACCUCACUUUCAUGAAAAUACUGGCUCUGAAACUGCUGAAUAUGACCCUGCCUUUCACCUCCAUGUCUGAAGACUGCCUGUACCUUAGUGUCUAUACACCUGUCCACGCCAGUGAAGGUUCCAAUUUACCUGUGUUGGUGUGGAUCCACGGUGGUGCGCUUGUGACGGGCAUGGCUUCCAUGUAUGAUGGCUCUUUGCUGGCGGCCUUUGAGGAUGUAGUGGUGGUCACUAUCCAGUACCGCCUGGGUAUACUGGGCUUCUUCAGCACUGGAGACAAGCACGCACCCGGCAAUUGGGGCUACCUGGAUCAAGUGGCUGCACUACGCUGGGUCCAGCAAAAUAUUGCCUAUUUUGGAGGCGACCCUGGCCUUGUCACCAUUUUUGGCGAGUCCGCGGGUGGCACAAGUGUGUCCUCCCAUGUCGUGUCCCCCAUGUCACAAGGACUCUUCCAUCGUGCCAUCAUGGAGAGUGGUGUGGCCCUUUUGCCCGGCCUUAUUGCCAGCUCAUCUGAUGCGAUCUCCGCAAUGGCGGCCAAUCUGUCUGCCUGUGGCCAGGUUGACUCAGAGGUCCUGGUGGGCUGCCUGCGGGACAAAACUGAAGAGGAGAUUUUAGCCAUCAACAAGCUCUUCAAGAUCAUCCCUGGCGUAGUGGAUGGGACCUUCCUGCCCAGGCACCCCCAGGAGCUGCUGGCCUCCGCCAACUUUCAACCUGUCCCCAGCAUCAUUGGUGUUAACAGUGAUGAGUACGGCUGGAUCAUCCCCUUGGUCAUGAACAUCUCUGAGGCCCAGAAGGAAAUGGACAGAGAGACGGUGAAGGCCAUUCUGCAGCAAGUGUUGGGAAUGUUGACGUUGCCUCCUGAGUCUUUUGACCUGUUGAUGGAGGAGUACAUGGGGGACAGUGGGGACCCACAGACCCUGCGAGCCCAGUUCCAUGAGAUGAUGGGGGACUCUGUCUUCGUGAUCCCUGCACUCCAAGUAGCCAAUUUUCAGCGCUCACACUCCCCAGUCUACUUCUAUGAGUUCCAGCAUCGGCCCAGCUUCUUAAAGGACAUCAGGCCACCCCAUGUGAAGGCAGACCAUGGCGAUGAGUUACUCUUUGUCUUCGGAACCCUCCCUUGGGGAGCCAACGUUGAAGUCACGGAGGAAGAAAAGCUGUUGAGCAGGAAAAUAAUGAAGUAUUGGGCUAACUUUGCUCGAAAUGGGAACCCCAAUGGCGAGGGUCUCCCCCACUGGCCCGUGUUUGACCAGGAAGAGCAGUAUCUGCAGCUGAACACGCAGCCUGCAGUGGGCCGGGCUCUGAAGGCGCACAGGCUUCAGUUCUGGACAAAGACCCUGCCCCAGAAGACACAGGAGCUGAUGGAGGCAGGGGACAAGCACACAGAGCUGUAGCUCUCUGUGUCUGGGGGUGUGGGGCCGGAGGGGUGGGCUCGAGUGCAGGUGGGGGUCUGCCAGAUGUACCCACACACACCCACUGAGGAGCCAGGAGCUUUUCCUUCCUUCACAUAGCCAUUCAUUCAUUCUGCCAGCCAGCCAGCCAGCCAGCCAGCCAGCAAAUAUGUAUUAAGAACCUACUGCAUCAUGUUAGUUGCCAAACCCCCCAUAGGUCCUCUCAUGUUAGACACACUCAGUGAAUCCCCCCAUGAUGCUGUGAAUAGGCAAACCGCAAUGGAAAUAUACACAGCGCUGAGCCUCAGGCCCAUUCCCUCUUCCUCCCCCCACCCCACCCCCACCCUCCUCUCCUCUCCCCUUGAAGGAGGGUGCUCUGGGAAAUGUUACCCACACCUGGCUCUCAGCAAGCCACACAUGCUCUCAUAUCUGUAAGGAGGCAGUAAAAAAUCUGGAUGCCAGGACCCCAGGAGCUCUAAGAUCUUGGCCACCGAGGCCACCAACUACUGAGGAUGUAGAAGUCCCUGUCACCACCCAUUGUCCCCUAGACUAAAUGUCAUCUACCACUGACAUUUAAAUAUCCACCUGGUCACUUACCUGUGUCCUGUGAGCUGACCAACUCCAUUUUUUGUGAGAAGUAAGACUGAGCUUGUCCAUGGGCCCCUGGAGCCUGGGUGAGCUGUUCAGUAGCCAGGAGAGACAGGUGGGUCCCUCGGCCACCUACCUCCUGAAGUAUGCCUUUAUUCUCAGUGGUUCUGUGACACAGGGACAGGGGGCAAACUUUACCCAAUGGUAGUACAUCCAUGCAGAUGUUUAUCUGUGAGAUGUUUCCUGGAAGUAAGAUUGGGAGAAGAAGAAAGUUCAGGAGAAGAGACUCUUGUCCCCUUGUUUCCAAAGAUCUCUCCAUCCAAGGAGGUCUCCUCUUGCCUUUUAGAAUUCUCCUUGCCAUCCAUCCCCCCACCCUCUGUUGAGCUUCCUCCAACUCACUGUGGGCAUCCACAUUAGUUUUCCUGCUUACCCCAUUGCUUUCCCUAAACUUUUCCUUCCCUUACCUUAUCCAACCCCCCGCAAAGGAAACCCUCUCUUUAUGCAGUACUUGAUCUCAGCAUGCAAAAAUACCAAAUUGUGUUCACUCUGCCUCGUUGUUCUCACCAAAGCGCUUUUUCUCUGUCUCUAAGAGACUGUAUCCUUCUUUCAUAGACCUAGGAGUCCUGCUAUGCCCCACCUCUGACCAACUUGCCCUCUCCAGGCACUAGAUUUUCCGGAAAGGAAGCCCCCUUCUUUCCCUCCACUGCAUGUAAGCCCAACCAUAGAGCCUCCCAAAGUGGGGUCUGAAGGAUGGAGACUGGCCACCAGAUGGCAGAUAAAGAUAACCUUAAGCCUGGGCAGUCUUGCCCUAGAGAGAGGGGAGGGGCUUUCCUUUUACUGGACACUGGUGCAUAAUGCUUUUGCAUCCUGAGAGCAUUUAUUGAGCACCCGCAGCAUGCAUGCCUCUGUAUGUUUUUCAGUCCUACAGAUGCACAAUAUACUUUCCAAAAGUAGGUUCCCAGUAUUAGUUUUUCAGUCAUUUUUUAAACAGCUUGAUCGUGGAAUAAUUUGCAUGUAAUUAAAUUCACCCACUUCAGGUGUAGUUUCACAGAGUUGGCUAAAUGUAUGAGAUACACAACUACCAUCACAUCAAGUUUUAGAAUGUUUCUCUUUUUUUAAGACUUUAUGUAUUUAUUUGUUGGAGCACAAACAAGGGGAGCAGCAGGCAGAGCAGGCAGAGGGAGAAGCAGGCUCCCUGCUGAGCAAGGAGCCUCAUGCGGGACUCCAUCCCAGUACCCCAUCCCAGGACUCCAUCCCAGGACCCCAAGAUCAUGACCUGAGCUGAAGGCAGAUGCUCAACUGACUGAGCCACCCAGGCAUCCCUCAAGUUUCAGAAUGUUUCUGUUGCUCCAAAGAGCUCCUUCUUGCCCCUUUGCAUUCAAUCACUGCCCUGACCCUGGUCCCACACAGCCACCAAAUUGCUUUCUAUUGCUGUAGUUUGCCUUUUCUAGAAUGUCAUAGAAAUGGAAUCAUUUAUUACUGGUUUCUGUCACUUAGCAUAAUGUUUCUUAGAUUCAACCAGUGGUUUCCUUUUAUUGCAAAGUAGUAUUCCAUAUAUGGUACGCUAUAUUUUUUCCACUCACCAAUUAAUGGAUGUUUGAAUGAUUUCUAUUUUUUGGCUAUUUUUAUUAAAGUGCUGUGAACAUUUUCAGA